UGCUGCGCUAUUCCUGAGAAACCGAGAAUUGAGCCUAUAAAAGCCCAAGCCCCUGAUACAUAAACGAAAUAAGUGUCCGCCUACUGUUAAACAAAAGUAUUAAAAUACAUUCGUGAUGUCCUGCUCAUUGUUUAAGGUCAAACCCGUGAUACUGAUUAAGUGUUUCUGCGGAUGCACCGACAUGACUCCCGCCGAGGUUCAAAGGAUCUACACCUUGUCCAACAGUGUCCACGAAACCCUCCUGGAUGAGGAGGCCACCAAACUGUUCCGCAAAUUCAUGGAGAGUAGGCGCUCCGGCGACAAGAACGAGGCCGAGCAGUACUUGGAAAUCUACGAGAAGUGCGCCCUGUUCCUGGCGGACACGCAGCACACCAUCACCCAUGACGGGGUGAAUGAGCUGGUCGAUCUGGGCCUGCCGUACGAUCUGGCGCAGGAUAUGUCUAAGCGCUUGCUCAGUGCCGAUCGGAUGGACAUCAACAACGGUCUCAAUCGCAUACAGGGCAAAUGUCGCAACGAGAUUGAGGCCAGCAGCGAUUUCCGAGAGUUUAGGGACGCCAUCGCUGAAAAGAUGCGUCGGGUGCCGAAAUGAUAUAGUCUACGCAUUUGUGUUCUCUUAGGUACCUUUGUUGGAGGAGCUCUCCUUUAAACUUUCCCAGAGCCUUGGGGUCCUCCACCACGCAUCACCCUGGAUCCAAGAGAAGUCAUAGGCAAAUAUCGAAGAAAUGGAAGCCGUCCUACUUAUCGCACUGCGGCUUUCGAAACGAGCUUAACUCACUAAAUAUUCACAUUCUUAUAAUUUAACCCACAUAUACGGAACAGAAAACUUUACUUACUUUAAUUUUCUUGUAGUUUUUAUAUUGCACGCUUUGUAAUGUUGUUACGAACUAAAUUUUCGAUUGAGAAAUAAAUGACCUGAUCCUAAAUAUCCUUGAGAAUUCAUUUGCAGUUUAAUGACAGUUUCAAUACAACAAAUAAUUAUCUUAACCAAAAAAGCCUUUUACAAAAAAUAGAACAUAUUUGAAAUCAACAAUUAAAUUGUUACAACAGCCAUAGCGUUUGAAAAUAGGAACGAUGAUGAAGAUAGUAAUUUACCUAUAAAUAAAAAAACAAUUUGUUUGGCACUUUUUGAAAAAAACAAUCUUAACGGCUUAAGUCUUAUGACAGUUGGAAAUUAUCAUAUAUUUUCGAUUAUUUAAAAAGCGAUUCUACAUAAACAAUACAUAAAAGUAAAAAAAUAAAACAACAAAUUACAUGCAAAAAAUAACUUUUCGGCCAAUUCAUGAAGGCGACGCGUUCCGGUGACCAGAUCCUAUUACCCAGGACAAAUUGAGCGAACUCAUCAACGAGGGCCUACCCAAA